GUGAGGGGUUAAACUGGAGAGGAACUGACUGUCAUGCCUAUCAGGUAACGGUUACCACUGGCAGCUACUACAAGCAUGUAGUGGGAGGGGAAUCUUUUGUAUGAGCCCCUCCCCCGAGUCCACCCUGUCCUAUAGAAAAGACACAGGGUGUGAACCGCUGCUGUGAGGUUCCCUCCCUUAAUCUAAGUGAAACCACAUUGGAGAAUGCACUCACACACGCAUACAAUCACUUCCACACACCCAUUCUCGGUCAUGUAAGUCACUCAAGUCAGUGUUCCUUCCUGUUUUUCACUUGUUCCGUCUUCCCUCGUGCCGUGUGUGCAUUGACUGGGCUGAAGGAGGAAGUCAGGAAAAAGUUUGCCAAGGAAGAGCCACAACACUGGCAAAGAGGAAGAGAGGGGCCCAUAAGAACAUGUUACAAGGACUUUCGGGAGGAGGUUUUUGUUAGUGUUGUGACGUUUGCUUGUGGGGAUAUCUGCCAGACACCAUGGGGGCUGUGAGAGGUGUUGUUGGGGUUGAAGGGAGCAGAAAAGUGCUUUUGACAGGAGAGGACUCACACACUCUGUGAGAGUCAACACGGUGUUUGAGCAAAAGAGCUCCAGCAAGACAAACCAGAUGCCACCUGACGGAUUUUAGAGGGAAACCCGACCCUGACGCCUCACAGACUGCUGAGGAAUAGACUUAGACACACAUGAGUGGGAGAGGAGAGAGGCUACAAGGAACAUGGAAGCAUUGAGAGAGUCGUUUCUGCAUUUAACUUUUCAGAUGUCAACAUAUAAGAGAGCAACGCUGGAUGAGGAAGACCUGGUGGACUCCACCGGUGACGACAUUUACACAUCCUCACCUAUGCAGGUGACUCUUCUGCAUGGCCGUGGUCCCACAUGUUGGCCCGACAGGACGCACAGAGAGAGGAGGCUGCUUUUCUUACUGUGUGUCGUGUCUGUGGGCCUGCUUAUAUCUCUCAUCACAACUGGGGUCUUCUACAAACAGACUCACCCACACUUGUGUCUAACAGAGCCAUGCAUUACUGUGGCCAGCGCGGUCAUGGGAGCCCUCGACAGAUCCGUAGACCCCUGCCAUGACUUCUACAGCUUUGCCUGUGGUGGUUGGAUGAAGAACAACCCUCUCCCCGAGGGCAAGUCCCGCUGGGGAUCUUUCAGCAACCUCUGGGAGCACAACAUGCUUGCAAUGAAGCAUUUAUUGGAAAACACAACGAUGAAAGGUCUGAGUAAAGCUGAGGAAAAGGCCCAGCGAUAUUAUCAGGCAUGCAUGAAUGAGGCCAAGAUUGAGGAAUUAGGAGCUAAGCCACUACAGGAGCUAAUCAGCCAGUUAGGAGGAUGGGCCCUGACCGAACCCUGGGACAAGGACAACUUCCAGGAAGUUUUGCGUGCGGUGUCGGCCAACUAUCACACCUCGCCUUUCUUCACCGUGUUUGUCAGCACUGACUCCAAGAACUCCAACAGUAACAUCAUCCAGGUGGAUCAGUCCAGCCUGGGACUACCUUCACGGGAUUACUACCUCAACAAAACAGCAAAUGAAAAGUAUUUGACGGCAUACCUCAACUUCCUGGUGGAGUUAGGGGUUCUCCUGGGUGGCACGGAGGAGACAUCUCGGACGCUGAUGGAGGAGAUCGUGGACUUUGAAACCACCCUGGCCAAUAUCACCGUCCCUCAGGAGGAGAGGAGAGAUGAGGAGGUCAUCUACCAUAAGAUGGAGGCCAAGGAUCUGACUACUCUGGUUCCUGCAGUGGACUGGAUGCCAUAUCUCACAGAAGUGUUUGCUCCCGUGCCCCUCAACGAGUCAGAGCCAGUGGUUGUUUAUGCCAAGGAAUACCUCCAGAAAGUUUCUGACCUCAUAACUAAAACCAAUAAAAGCCUUCUCAACAACUAUAUGAUAAUGAAGGUGGUGAGGAAGAUGGUGUCCAUUUUAGACCAAAGGUUUCAGGAUACUGAGCAGCGCUUCCUGGAGGUCAUGUAUGGAACCAAGAAGAGCUGCACUCCACGAUGGAAGCUGUGCGUCAGUGACACAGACAGCGCCCUGGGCUUCGCUCUUGGAGCCAUGUUUGUCAAAGCCACCUUUGCGGAGGACAGCAAGGCCAUUGCUGAAAAUAUGGUUGCAGAAAUUAAAUGGGCGUUUGAGGACAGCUUGAAGUAUGUGCGCUGGAUGGACUCGGAGACAAAAAAAGCAGCAAAAGAAAAGGCAGAUGCAAUAUACAACAUGGUUGGGUAUCCAGAGUUCAUCAUGAAUGCCACAAAGCUGGACAAAGUGUUCAAUGAUUUUGAGGUGGUGUCAGAACUGUACUUCCAAAAUGUCAUGCAGUACUACAACUUCUCAGCCAGAGUGACUGCAGACCAGCUGAGGAAAAUUCCCAACAGAAACCAGUGGAGCAUGACCCCUCCAACCGUGAAUGCAUAUUAUAACCCAACCAAAAAUGAGAUGGUUCUGCCAGCGGGGAUUCUUCAGGCUCCGUUUUAUAGUCGCUCGUGGCCCAAAGCUCUUAACUUUGGUGGAAUUGGUGUAGUCAUGGGUCAUGAACUGACUCACGCUUUUGAUGACCAAGGUAGGGAAUAUGACAAAGAUGGAAACCUGCGUCCCUGGUGGAAGAAUUCUUCUGUGGAGGCCUUUAAGAAGCAGACCCAGUGCAUGGUGGAGCAGUAUGGAAAUUACAGCAUCAACAAGGAGCCUCUGAAUGGAAAGCACACCCUGGGAGAGAACAUCGCUGACAAUGGUGGACUUAAGGCCGCCUACAAGGCUUAUGUGAACUGGAUCAAAAAGAACGGAGAGGAGGCCACACUGCCUGCGCUGGGAAUGACGAACCAUCAGCUGUUUUUUGUAGGAUUUGCUCAGGUAUGGUGCUCUGUAAGGACACCGGAAAGUUCACAUGAGGGCGUGAUCACAGACCCCCACAGCCCAUCAAGAUUUAGAGUCAUCGGCACAGUCUCCAAUUCUCAUGAAUUCUCAAAGCACUUUGGCUGCAAGGCAGAUGCUCCCAUGAACCCUAAACAUAAGUGUGAGCUUUGGUGAUGCCUCAUUGCUCAGUGAGGUUUAUCAGCAUGGAGUCAAAUAGACGUUGGGGAUAAUAGCUUGAGAUACUGACAAAGUCUCUCUGGACAGGGAACGCAAAAAUCACUGAAACUCCUACUGCCUUGUCACUUAAUGCUUAUCACACUCUUAUCUGGACAAAAUGGGGCUGCUCUGUAUGGAGGAAUUGAAAUGUUCAGUGCUUCUCCACAGGGACCAUUGAUUUAGCAAACCGCUUUCCUCAACUUAAGAAGUUACAUGUAGCUAUGAAUGCCCUUUCUGAACACUGGAAACCCAACAAAUGGUCACAAAAUAUGGGAGAACCACUCUCAAAUGUUGUAAGCUGAUUGUUUGUCACAUAAUGUGAUAAAUAAGCGAACUUGUGUUUCUUGUUAACUCUUCACUGUGCUUGGAUCUGCUUCUGUUUACUUAAAUUUUAUUUUAUUUAUGGCAGUAAAUGUUUAUAUGUCAGUGAUGAUGAAAAAUUGGGUCAUAUAGACAGUUUGAUAAGCCUUUUAUUAAGAAUUUAUAUAAAUAUGCUUAUAAUACUAUGUUUUAGAACCACUGCAAUAUUUCUGAAACAUUUUGUGUACAAUCAGGUAAAACUGUUACAUUUUACAGAAAUAAUGUUUAUUUGUGUUUAAAAAAAAACACACAGAAAAGCAAAGUAAAUAGGACUCCAAUAUCCCAUUGCUGGAAUUUCUAUAGUGGAAGACCAAUACAAAUCAGAAGCAUGAUGAAGGAAUUGAGAAAUUUACGGCAAUAAAUUAAAGCAUUAACUAUUUUUUCAUUCAGAAACUUGGUCAUAUAGGCUAAGCCAUGGUGUGCCAUACCUGUUCUUAUGAGUAAGAGUUUGUCACAAAUUAUUUUGUAUAGUAAAACAAUCUUAAAACAC